AUCUCAGAGCUUCAGCAACAUCUUAACGAUCCACUCGUCCAGCUCUUUUCAGUUUCAAUUUAAUUCUCAAUCUAAACGUUUUAUUGCAAAAGUUUCUUUAACAGAUUUAAAAAAAAAACUUUUAAUUAAAAAUUUCACAAUAAAUUGGAUAUUUUGUACUUGACGACCAAUAAAAUUACGAGAUGUUUUCCUUGGCAGAGGGAAAAUUUAUCUAAUUACUCUCCGUACGUUGCUUUACCUGCUGUAUAUUUCGUGAUAGUUAUUCAAAAGAGGAAUUUCUUGACCUUCAAGGCAUUUUACUCUCGUUGUCAACUCUUUCGGUGUACUUAAUAAGUUUGAAAAUCUCUUUCCCCAAGGUUCUCCUCCUCCCCAACUCUCUGUGGUGGACCUUAUUAAAUUCCAACGUGUUGUGUAUGUGUAACGAGACAGUGUUUAAGGGACAAAGCAGUAUUGUAAGGGAAAGUUUUGUCUGCGCGUGAGAGAGAAAAUUUAGUAACUAUAUUGGUGUGUUGUUGUGCGUGAAGUUAAAACAUUUAAUUUACACCUUUUUUGGAGGUGGAAAAAUUAUGUUUUAUGGUGUUUGGGUGCAUUUGGACACUAAUUUGUAAAGGAAUUAUGCUGAAACGUCGUGCAAGUAAACGAUUUGUUCUUGCUGAAAGUGGAGAACUUAAUGCUUGGAAUACUACGACGGACAAUGCAGAAGGAAUUAUGCCAGCGGGAAUUGACAUUAAAAUCGGUGGUGGAUCCGAAUGUGAGGAUACACCACCAAAAGUCGAUCCACCUACACCACCCAUCGAUACUGGGUUACUCAAAGUUAACACCCAGAGUGCGGGAAUAAAACCCAGUAUGUCCCAUGGUACGGGCCUUGGGCAGGAUCGAUAUCAAGAGAGGGAUUUUGUCUUGGCAACUCCUGAGGAGUUUGUGAAGAGAUUCGGUGGCAAUCGUGUCAUCAAUAAGGUGCUGAUUGCCAACAAUGGCAUAGCAGCCGUUAAGUGUAUGCGUUCGAUAAGACGGUGGUCCUAUGAGAUGUUUAAGAAUGAGCGCGCCGUGAAGUUUGUCGUGAUGGUCACACCGGAAGAUCUGAAAGCCAAUGCGGAGUACAUAAAGAUGGCUGAUCUGUACGUUCCGGUUCCGGGUGGGUCGAAUAACAACAAUUACGCCAAUGUUGAGUUGAUUUUGGACAUUGCCACACGGACGCAAGUGCAGGCUGUGUGGGCGGGUUGGGGGCAUGCUUCGGAGAAUCCCAAACUCCCGGAAUUGCUGCACAAGAAGGGUCUUGUCUUUCUGGGACCACCAGAGCGUGCUAUGUGGGCCCUUGGGGAUAAGGUGGCAUCGUCAAUUGUCGCCCAAACAGCUGACAUUCCAACACUCCCGUGGUCCGGAUCGGAGCUCAAGGCGCAGUACAGUGGGAAGAAGAUUAAGAUUUCGAGUGAAUUGUUUGGGCGUGGGUGUGUCACGACACCCGAUCAGGGCUUGCAGGCAGCAGCAAAGAUUGGCUUCCCCGUGAUGAUUAAGGCAUCCGAGGGUGGUGGUGGGAAGGGAAUUCGUCGUGUUGACAGCCCCGAUGAAUUCCCCGCACUCUUCCGUCAGGUUCAGGCUGAAGUCCCGGGAUCGCCGAUCUUUGUUAUGAAACUCGCCCGUGGCGCCAGGCAUUUGGAAGUUCAACUGUUGGCAGAUCAAUAUGGGAAUGCCAUUAGUUUAUUCGGGAGAGAUUGUUCCAUUCAGCGACGUCAUCAGAAGAUCAUUGAGGAAGCUCCGGCAAUUGUGGCACAACCGGAAGUUUUUGAGAAUAUGGAGAAGGCAGCUGUGCGAUUGGCAAAGAUGGUGGGGUACGUAAGUGCGGGCACUGUUGAGUAUCUGUACGAUCCCGAGGGGAGGUACUUCUUCCUCGAACUCAAUCCACGUCUGCAAGUUGAGCAUCCAUGUACGGAAAUGGUGGCUGAUGUGAAUCUUCCGGCGUGUCAGUUGCAAAUUGGAAUGGGAAUCCCGCUCUAUCGCAUCAAGGAUAUUCGUUUGUUGUACGGGGAAUCCCCAUGGGGGACAUCUGUGAUUGACUUUGAGAAUCCAUCGAAGAAACCACGUCCAUGGGGGCAUGUUAUUGCAGCGAGAAUCACGUCAGAAAACCCGGAUGAGGGCUUCAAACCGAGCUCAGGGACGGUGCAGGAAUUGAAUUUCCGCUCGAGUAAAAAUGUUUGGGGGUACUUUAGUGUUGCCGCAUCGGGGGGUCUUCAUGAAUUUGCUGAUUCCCAAUUUGGGCAUUGCUUCUCCUGGGGGGAGAAUCGUCAGCAGGCACGAGAGAAUUUGGUUAUUGCCCUCAAAGAGCUCUCAAUUCGCGGGGAUUUCCGGACAACAGUGGAGUAUUUGAUCACCCUGUUGGAGACUAAUCGCUUCCUGGAGAAUACCAUCGAUACCGCAUGGUUGGAUGCAUUGAUUGCUGAACGUGUGCAGGCUGAGAAGCCAGAUAUCCUUCUGGGCGUUAUCUGUGGAUCCCUUCAUAUUGCCGAUCGACAGAUCACAGAGGCAUUCACGAGCUUCCAAACAGCCCUGGAGAAGGGACAAAUUCAGGCAGCAAAUACCCUGACAAAUGUUGUGGAUGUGGAACUCAUAGCUGAGAGUAUUCGGUACAAAGUACAGGCUGCUAAAAGUGGACCAAAUACAUACUUCUUAGUCAUGAAUGGUUCCUUCAAGGAAGUUGAGAUUCACCGGCUGUCAGAUGGUGGGAUGUUGCUCUCCCUCGAGGGUGCCAGCUACACGACGUACAUGAAGGAGGAAGUUGAUCGUUACCGCAUUGUUAUUGGCAAUCAAACGUGUGUGUUUGACAAGGAGAAUGAUCCAUCUUUGCUGAGGAGUCCUUCAGCGGGGAAGUUGAUUAAUCUACUCAUUGAGGAUGGUGCCCAUGUCAGCAAGGGGCAGCCCUAUGCGGAAAUUGAAGUAAUGAAGAUGGUAAUGACGCUGACAUCCCAAGAAGCAGGCACAGUGUCCUUUGUUCGACGUCCUGGAGCUGUUCUCGAUGCGGGAUCCCUCAUUGGGCACCUGGAGCUCGAUGAUCCGUCUCUCGUGACCAAGGCACAGCCAUUCCGGAGCCCCUUCCCGCAUGUGGAGAAUGCCAACAUUCCCGAGAAGUUGAAUCGCGUUCACAGCAGCUACAAGUCCAUCCUGGAGAACUGCCUGGCAGGCUACUGUCUCCCCGACCCCUACAAUGCACCACGUCUCAGGGAAAUUAUUGAGAAAUUCAUGCAGAGCUUGAGGGAUCCUUCACUCCCAUUGUUGGAACUUCAGGAGGUCAUUGCCACAAUUUCCGGAAGGAUUCCCAUUGUGGUGGAGAAGAAGAUCCGGAAGCUGAUGACGCUGUAUGAGAGGAAUAUCACGAGUGUUCUGGCACAAUUCCCAUCGCAGCAGAUUGCAAGUGUCAUCGAUACGCAUGCUGCUACGCUGCAGAAACGUGCCGAUCGGGAUGUUUUCUUCCUCACAACGCAGGGGAUUGUGCAGCUGGUGCAGCGGUACAGGAAUGGCAUCCGGGGACGCAUGAAGGCAGCUGUACACGAACUCCUCCGGCAAUACUAUGCUGUUGAGUCACAAUUCCAGCAUGGGCACUACGAUAAGUGCGUGGCAGGAGUGCGGGAGAGGCACAAGGAUGACAUGACGCAGGUGGUUAGCACAAUUUUCUCCCAUAGUCAGGUGGCGAAGAAGAAUCUCCUGGUGACACUACUUGUGGAUCAUCUGUGGGCCAAUGAGCCCGGUUUGACGGAUGAACUCGCAGCCACACUGAGUGAAUUGACAUCCCUCAAUAGGGCUGAACAUUCCAGGGUUGCCCUGAGAGCAAGACAAGUUCUCAUUGCAGCCCAUCAGCCAGCCUAUGAGUUGCGGCACAAUCAGAUGGAGUCAAUCUUCCUCUCAGCCGUCGAUAUGUACGGCCAUGAUUUCCAUCCGGAGAAUCUCCAGCGCCUCAUUCUGUCCGAGACGUCAAUCUUCGAUAUUCUCCAUGAUUUCUUCUAUCACUCCAAUCGGGCAGUGUGCAAUGCUGCCCUUGAAGUCUACGUACGACGUGCCUACACCUCCUAUGAGUUAACUUGCCUGCAGCAUUUGGAAUUGUCCGGGGAGGUGCCUCUUGUGCAUUUCCAAUUCCUUCUGCCCACAUCGCAUCCCAAUAGGGUGCCACAUGAGAAUGGGGAGCUGGAAGUUCCCAUCCGGACGGGAUGUAUGGCGGCUUUUGAUUCAUUCGAACACUUCCAGGAGUAUUCAGAUGAAAUUCUCGAUCUUCUGGAGGAUUUCGCCUCGCCGGCUUUUGUCAGUACGAAAGUCUUGGAUGCAGUCGAGGCGGCUGACUCCGUGUCCGACGGACGCCAUAGUACCUCCAUUAAUGUCUCCAUCUCGGAUCCCGUAACACGCAUUGGUGGUGAUAUGGAUGCCAAUCAAUCCAUGGAGCCAAUUCACAUACUUAGCGUCGCCGUGAAGGGACUCGGUGAGAUGGAUGAUUUGCAGAUGUCGGAUAUGUUUGGGGGCUUUAUGACGCUGCACAGGGAGGAGUUGCUGGCUCGACGUGUGCGCCGAAUCACCUUUGCGGCGCUGAAGAAGCGCCAAUUCCCCAAAUUCUUCACCUAUCGCGCGCGGGACUUCUUCAAGGAGGAUCGCAUCUAUCGGCAUCUGGAGCCAGCGUGUGCCUUUCAGCUGGAACUCAAUCGGAUGCGCACGUAUGACCUGGAAGCUCUACCCACUGCCAAUCAGAAGAUGCACCUGUACCUUGGGCGUGCCAAAGUGGCCAAGGGGCAGGAGGUGACGGACUAUCGUUUCUUCAUUCGCUCCAUCAUUCGGCAUUCGGAUUUGAUCACCAAAGAGGCGUCAUUUGAGUAUUUGCAAAAUGAAGGGGAACGCGUCCUGCUGGAAGCUAUGGAUGAACUCGAAGUGGCCUUUUCGCAUCCACAGGCAAAGCGAACGGAUUGCAAUCAUAUCUUCCUCAAUUUUGUGCCCACCGUCAUUAUGGACCCAUCGAAGAUUGAGGAAUCCGUCACGAAGAUGGUGAUGCGCUACGGACCGAGACUCUGGAAGCUUCGUGUACUGCAAGCUGAACUCAAAAUGGUCAUUCGGCAAACUCCCCAAUCCCCCAAUACGGCUCUACGCUUGUGCAUAGCCAAUGACUCAGGGUACUUUCUCGAUUUAAGUCUCUACUACGAGGUUACGGAUCCGGAAACAGGAGUGAUAAAGUUCCAGAGCUAUGGUCCAAAGCAGGGUCCACUGCAUGGUUUAGCCAUCUCCACGCCCUACAUGACCAAAGAUUUCCUCCAGCAGAAACGCUUCCAGGCACAAUCGAAUGGAACAACGUACGUGUAUGAUAUUCCCGAUAUGUUUAGACAGAUGGCUGAACGUCUGUGGAAGGAAUACUUGAAGGCUCGGCCAACGCUGGAUUUGCACAUUCCUGAGAAAGUUUUACUAGAAUGCGUUGAGCUUGUCCUCAAUGGGGAUAUCCUGGAGGAGGUACAGAGACUUCCCGGGGAGAAUGAUUGCGGUAUGGUUGCGUGGAGGAUUGUGAUUUGCACACCUGAAUACCCAAAAGGCAGAGAAAUGAUCCUGAUUGCCAACGAUUUAACUUUCUUUGUUGGUUCUUUUGGUGUUAAGGAAGAUUUGCUCUUCAACGAAGCUUCCGUCUUGGCGCGCAAAAGGAAGAUUCCAAGGGUCUACAUAUCAUGCAACAGUGGAGCCCGUAUUGGUUUAGCGGAGGAAGUGAAGGCUCUGUUUAAGAUUGCCUGGGAGGACCCAGAUGAACCGGAUAAGGGUUUCAAAUAUCUCUACCUCACAACGGAAGACUACAGCAAACUUGCCAGCCUCAAUUCAGUCCGUGCCAUCCUCAUUGAGGACGAAGGGGAGCCACGGUACAAGAUAACGGAUAUAAUUGGGAAGGAGGAUGCAAUUGGUGUGGAGAAUCUUCGAUACGCCGGAAUGAUUGCCGGUGAGACGUCAAGGGCAUACGAGGAGAUUGUCACGAUCUCCAUGGUGUCGUGCAGGGCAAUUGGUAUUGGGUCGUACCUCCUGCGUCUUGGGCAGAGAGUUAUUCAAAUUGAUAAUUCGCAUAUUAUUCUCACGGGCUAUGCUGCCCUCAAUAAGCUUCUGGGUAGGAUGGUUUAUGCGUCGAAUAAUCAAUUGGGUGGUGUUCAGAUUAUGUACAACAACGGGGUGUCCCAUAAAACGGAAGCCGUUGACCUCGAUGGGGUCUACCGCGUGCUCCACUGGUUAUCCUACAUUCCUGCCUACAAGGGCUGUGAGAUUCCCAUGACAAUUCCAUGUGAUCCCGUUGAUCGGGACGUUGAAUUCUUCCCCACGAAGGUCCCCUACGAUCCACGAUGGCUCCUUGCGGGGCGACACAAUCCCAGUAAUCCCGGAGAAUGGGAAACGGGCUUCUUCGAUCGGGAUUCGUGGUCUGAGAUAAUGGAGCCAUGGGCUCAGACUGUUGUCACGGGACGUGCGCGUCUUGGAGGUGUUCCCGUGGGAGUUAUUGCCGUGGAAACGCGAACAGUUGAGGUGACAAUGCCCGCUGAUCCGGCAAAUAUGGAUUCCGAAGCAAAAACCCUCCAACAAGCUGGGCAGGUGUGGUACCCGGAUUCAUCGUACAAAACAGCACAAGCAAUUAAAGAUUUUGGCCGAGAGGAGUUGCCAUUGAUUAUCUUUGCCAACUGGCGUGGAUUCUCCGGAGGGAUGAAGGACAUGUACGAGCAGAUUGUAAAGUUCGGCGCCUAUAUUGUGGAUGGAUUGCGGGAAUAUACUCAACCAGUGCUAGUUUACUUGCCCCCCAAUUCAGAGCUACGUGGUGGCGCCUGGGCUGUCCUGGAUCCCACCAUUAAUCCCCGCUACAUUGAAUGCUACGCCGAUCCGGAAUCACGUGCCGGAGUGUUGGAGCCUGAGGGGAUUGUUGAAGUGAAAUUCAGAGAUAAGGACAUUCUCAAGACAAUCCAGAGGGUUGAUCCUGUUGUCCUAGAUCUUCGAAGAGAAAUUGCGAAUGUGGGUGAAAAUAAGGAUAAAAUUCAGGAGCUUGAGGGGAAGAUUAAGGAGAGAACGAGCUCCCUGAUGCACGUCUAUCACACCGUUGCCGUUCACUUUGCCGACUUGCACGAUACGCCCGAGAGGAUGCUGGAGAAGGGAUGCAUCAGUGAGGUUGUUCCAUGGCGUGGAUCGAGGAAGUGGCUCUACUGGCGUCUCCGGAGAUUACUGCUGGAGGAUCAAUUUGUCAAGAAAAUCCUCGCAGCGCAGGAAAGCUUAUCAGUGGGGCAAGCUCAAUCAAUGCUACGGCGGUGGUUUGUUGAGGAUCGCGGCGCCACAGAGGCCUACCUCUGGGAUAACAAUGAGGACGUCGUGCAGUGGUUGGAGCUGCAGAAAUCCGAUGAAUCCACCGUGUCGAAGAACAUUAAAUCCGUCAAGAAGGAUGCGAUCAUCUCACAGAUUCAGAAAGCUUUAGAAGAAUGUCCGGAAGUUGCUUUGGAUGCCGUCGUGGGGCUAUGUCAAGCCCUUUCACCCGCUAAUCGUGUAGAAGUUGUACGAACGCUGACCCAGUUGGAAUUUGCCGAGAAGGAUUCUUCAGCACCGAAUUUGGGAUGAUGAUUCACGACGCCAAAAUGAGAACACAAAAUGCAUUUAGCUUUCCUUCCCUAAAUUAUUCUCUCUCUCUCUCAUUGCUGCUCGCAUGCUUUUGGGGGGUGUUUUAUUCAUUUUCCACACAGCCUGGGGAAAGAGGAGGAGGAGUUCUGCAAUACAACAUAAGAAAAAACAUAACAAAAUCAUGCUGUAAUUGUAAUUUUCAUUGUAAAAUCCUAAAAUUUAGAUGACAAAAAAAUAGUUUCACAGGAAAAUUA